AGGGUCCGGCUGGAGCCGCCGUCGCCCCUCGUGGUACAGCCCGAGGAGGCAGUUCCGCACCUUCACUGCCCUUCGCUGGAGCACUUCAGAGACAACUACCUCAUCCCCCAGCGGCCGGUGGUCCUGGAGGGAGUCAUGGACCACUGGCCAUGUAUGAAGAAGUGGAGUGUGGACUAUCUGCACCAGGUCGCAGGGUGCCGCACGGUCCCGGUGGAGCUGGGUGCCCGCUACACGGACGAGGAAUGGUCCCAGCAGCUCAUGACUGUCAGUGACUUCAUCAACCAGUACAUUCUGGGUGAGAACAGUUUAGGAUACCUUGCCCAGCACCAGCUUUUUGAUCAGAUCCCAGAACUGAAGGAAGAUAUCAGUAUCCCUGACUACUGCUGCCUGGGGGAAGGGGAUGAAGAUGAGAUCACCAUUAAUGCUUGGUUUGGUCCAGGAGGCACAAUCUCACCUCUUCACCAGGAUCCCCAGCAAAACUUUCUAGCCCAGGUAUUUGGAAGAAAGUAUAUCCGUCUGUAUUCACCACAGGAUUCAGAAUACCUGUACCCACACGAAAGCCAAAUCCUUCACAACACUAGCCAGGUUGAUGUGGAAGAUCCUGACUUGACCAAGUUCCCCAACUUCACAAAGGCUGCAUUUCAGUCCUGCAUCCUGAUGCCUGGACAGAUCCUGUUUAUCCCAGUGAAAUACUGGCACUACGUGCGAUCGCUGGAGCUCAGCUUCUCUGUCAGCUUCUGGUGGUCAUAG